AAGGCAACCCAAAAGCUUGUGAGCACCAAGCUCUUCUUGGCUAUGGCAGUAGCAGCAGCAGCAACAACAAGAAGAAAAGAUGGCGUAACAAUUUUUUCGUGAUCAAGGGCUCCAAUCUCUGGAUUUCCCUGUGCAUUUUUUGCUGCUUGGCUACAUAGUGUGUUUUACCUUCUUCUUCCUCUCCUCUUUUUUUUUCUUUGGAGUUGGAGUUCCUCAAGAAAUUUCAUGUGGGUUUGCGCUGCGCAUCGCCAUCGCGCCCUCUCGGCGCCUCGCAAGAACCAGGGGCCCUGAUUGACAUCGCCAGUGAUCGAUCCAUCCAUUAUCUCGUUUGCCCAGAUCCAGCGCGCAUGAUGGAUGAUACGCAAAAUGUGCACGAAGAUAACAAGGAGUCGCCAAAGCUGCUCGAGACCUCCAACCUUGUUCGCCUGGAUCACCAGCAGCAGCAGCAGCAGCAAAACCUCCACCAGCAGCUCGCCAAAUCCAUCCAGUUCCACUCCAAAGUCAUGGACGUGCUCGUCGCCUACGGCGCGUGCAAGCGCAACCAAAACCACACCUCCGCCACCCCGGUGCUCGACGGCUGCAUGGAAUUCUCCUCGAGCUUCAAGGGCGAGCGGAAAUGCGAGGCCUGCGGCUGCCACCGGAGCUUUCACGAGCGGAUCAUCCUCAUGCGCGAUCAAAACGGCACGAUCAGCUGCGCCUCCCAGAUGGUUCCUCCGGAGAUCGGAGCUCCCUUCCAGCGGAAAGAAGCGGAUCAUCCUUACUUAACAAGCGCCGCGGCCGCGGCCGCCGCCGCCGCCGGCAUGAUCAACGUAAACUCUAACUCCUCCGCUGCCGCCAGCAAGCGGAGGAAACUGGACGAGUUUUGCAGCGACGAUGGCGGUGGCUACUCGGAUCUCAUCCGCUCCACCUCGCCGCCAUCCUCUGGGGCGAUCAUUCUCAACCCGAGCCAGCAGCCACUGCCGCUCCAGAGCCUGGAAGUGAUCGAUGGCGAGGUCAAGAGCAGCAGUGGCUGGCUGUGCGAGGCCGACAAGGAGAAGCUGCUGGGAUCGUCCUACAAGAAGAUCCACCACCACGGCGACUUGGGCUUCGCCGCGGCCGCCAACCCGGCCGCCCCGCCCGAGAAGCUGGCCUCGUUCUUCGAGAGGCUCCAGAAGGAGCACCCGGAGUCGCCGCUCAAGCUCGAGUUCGUGGAUGGAAGCUGGCGGGUCUUGUGUGGAGUUUGCGCGAGGUAUUUGCGAGCGGACAAGAAGGGGGAGACGCUACACAACAUCCAGAAGCAGCACUUCGUCACGCCCAAGCACAUAAGCAACCUCAAGGCCAAGCUGGAAGCUCCCGACGAGAUGGAGUUUUGGCUCAAAAGGAUGGCCAAGUUGAGGGAGAAGCGAGCGCAGCAGCGAGCACAGCCUCGUUUCAUCACUGCUGGGUGAUCGAUCAGGGAUGGAUGAUCUUCCAGAGAUUUUUUCUUCUUUUCCUUUUUGAAUGAUUGCGGUUAAAGGUUGCAAGCUUUGCUAGCUUCCUAGCUCUUCUUUUUAUCACCGCCCAUCGCCCAGGUAGUGUUCGUGCUCUUUUCCUCUUCUUGUGCUUACGUUGCUGGUAAUAGUUAUAAUAAUCUUUGGACUA